GGACUGCUGGUCUGGUCUUGAGCUUGUUCUAGUAGUGCCAUCUAAAACGUUUUUGAACUUUUUGCCCCUCUUCCCCAGCAAGUAAUCCCUCUUAAAUGUCCUUCGCUGCUCGUCUAUUGAGCCAAAGCCUUGGUGUUGGUGGUGGCGGUGUAGUUGGUCCUGGUCCCGACGUUGGUGCUGUCAAAAGACAAGGAAAUGAGUCAAAGGCCACCUCAAACAUUUCGCAACAACAGCAGCAACGUAAUGAAAAUCUACGAAAUUUAUUUGCUUCAUCGAAAAAAUCCUCAACGAACUCGAAAAAGGAUGCCAACAUAGGGCGCACAAAAAGCAUUUCCUAUAGCAAUUUGCAGGACCUAAGAAGUUCCAGGGCCAAAACGGAUGUGGCAGAGCAGCAACAUAAUCGGACAUCUUGGGGCCAACAUGAUUGGUCUUUAAGCCCAAGUAAUGGACAUAUGGUCCACAUCAAUCCGGACGAUAAAGAUUUUGAGGAUUAUGAUGUUGCUGCAGCAGAACAUGUGUCUGACAAUGCUGCUGUGCCUCGUCCACGUCGUAGUUCUUCACAAAUACGUCGUUGGCAAGUGGGCUGCAACAAUGCAGCCACUGCCACAGCCACUGCCACUGCAACAAACAACUUCAAAUUGGCCAAAAGCAGUAGCAGCAGUAGCCUACUCCCGGGAUCGUGCAAUCAAUUGUUAAUGACGGCCACAAAACAAACCAAUCACUGCUAUGGCUCUGGCAUCAACUUAAACACUUCAGAGCAGGCACUGCAGCAUCCCAGACACUACCGACACCAUCAACGCCCCAUUGUUGCAGCAACUUCUGCUGGAAUAAACAAUAAUUAUCGGGAAUCAUGUCCCGGAGAGUUUUCAAUUACAACACCCAAAUCACGUAGACCCUCGUUGCAGUGGUACAAACGCAAAAAUUGGUCAACGCUGGAGCAUGACACAACCACGGCCGAAGAUGAGGUGGAUGGUGUGGUGAGGGGUGGAGGCUUUGAGGCCUACAAUCAAUUUGUAAGCAAACCUUAUGAAACUUUUGCCAGCCAUUCGAGCCCGAAUGAAGGUUGGCCAUGGCUCACCAACGAUGAUGAUGAGGGUGAUGCCAUGGCUCAGAAUUGGUCCCCGGCUAGGGUUUCUUUAACCAAAUGCAACAAUACCACCAAGCAUGGAGAGCAAGGGGAGGAUUGCAUUAAAGAUGAUGUCAGCGUCAACGACUUGGGAAAUACAAGACCUUUGCGAAAAGGCGAAAUGUAUGGCUACUAUAGUAACGAAUGGCUGAGGACACUUGACAGCGAUGAGGAUGACAGAGGGGCCGAUGACCACGAUGAGGAUAACAAUGAUGCCGAUGAUGGUUGUUAUUUCAGCCAGCGGCAGCAUAUGAAUUGGACCAGAAAUAGAACAUGGAGGGAUAGAAUUGCGGGCUAUGAGGCUAACAAUGAUUGGGUUGAUGACGAUGAGGAGGUGAAUGUUGCCAAUGACAAACAAUUGCAUAGGCCUGGUCUCAGCUCUACCUUUUCUUUGGGGCAGCAGCACAAUAAUGAUGAUGAUGAUGGUGGGGAUGAGGUACUCGCGUCUCCCAACAUGAAUGACACCAUCAACUGCCGCCAUGUUGAUAAAAUUCCUUUAGGCACUGCCAACAACAGCAAAAACCAAGAACCACCAACACCACCAUCAACGUUGAGCAUGCAACAAAGGCAGCAGCAGGCAGGAUAUCAGAACACAAUGCCACCACAUCAGGCACCACAAGGCAAAACCCCUUACACAGUGGCUGAGCUUAUGAAAAUACGUUUAAAACCCAAAAUGUCAGCAGAACAUGCACAAAAUUCUUCAACGCCAGCAAUCAUAAGCGGCAAUUUGAUGUCAGCGCCAACAUCAAAACCAAUGACGAAGGCAACAUCACCGGCGGCCGCAGCAUCAUUGGGCCAGGCUAAGCCCCAAAGUGUGGUGGGAGUACAUUCAGGUCUUAUUAAAAAUUCCUGCGUUGAAAAUAAUUUCGUUUAUCAAGAGCAAGAGGUGGAGGCAGCAAUCAUCCAAGCAUCAAUGGUGUCUCGAAUGCAUCAUCAAGCACAGCAGCAACAUUCAAUUUUGAAUGGCCAAGAAAUUACCAUGGCAAAUGCAUCACUUGAGGCUGCAGCAGCAGCAGCAGCAGCAACAUCAGACUACAUUGGUGUGGAGUGCUGGUGGACACCAGUACACCAACGUCAACAAUCAUCCUUGCAGGGUAAAUACACUGCUCAUUGCCAACAGCAACAGCCACAACAUUUGCCUUUGUCAUUGCCUUCUAUGGUUGCGGUUGUGGCCGAUAAUGAAAACCCCACCAACAUCAAUGAUGCCCGCAGCAGCCACAGCAGUUUGUUAAACGAAAGGUAA